AUGGGGGAAAAGACAGCAGCAGAAAUUCGGGAUGAAACUCGCUUGGCUGAGCUUGGCUACAAGCAAGAGUUGCGACGCGACUGGAAAUUGAUUCACAACUUCGGAGUGUCAUUUUCGAUCAUUAGUGUGAUCACUGGUAUCACUACACUCUUCAGCUAUGGAUUGAAUACUGGAGGUCCAGGUGUCAUGACAGUAGGAUGGAUUGUUGUCUCAGUUAUGACUUUCUUUGUUGGUCUGAGUAUGGCCGAGAUCGUCUCCGCAAUCCCCACCAGCGGUGGGCCGUAUUUCUGGGCUGCAAUGUUAGCUCCGCAUAAAUAUGCCCCGUUCCUAUCCUGGCUGACAGGCUGGUUCAAUUUUGUGGGCCAGUUCGCGGUGACCACCGGAAUCAGCUUCGGAUGCGCUGGACUUAUUGCGACUGCGGCAACGAUCAAGACCAGUUGGGUGCCAACUGCUGGGCAGGAAAUUGGUAUAUAUGCGGCAAUACUUAUCAGCCACGGCCUGAUUAAUACGUUUGGUGUACAUAUCCUGCGAUAUCUCAACGUCUCCGCGAUUAUCUUGCACAGCCUGGGAGUUGCUAGUUUGGCCAUUGCAGUGGUAGCCAAAGCGCCGACUCACCGGAGUGCCGCUGAGGUUUUCCAGCAUUUUUAUGAUGGAACUGGUGAUCCCGGAUGGUCUGUCCGAGCUUCUCCCGCCUAUGUCGCGAUCUGUGGUAUCCUCCUCAGCCAGUAUACAAUCACUGGAUUCGAUGCAUCGGCCCAUCUCUCAGAAGAGACCCAUAAAGCAGAAUGGACCGCCCCUAUCGGCGUACUCAUGUCCAUUGGAGUCUCUGCUGUAUUCGGUUUCUUCCUCCUUUUAUGUCUCCUAUUUUCCAUCCAAGACUUUGAUGCAACUGUUGACUCGAGCACAAACUACGGUGAGCCCGUGUUCAAAAUUCUAGUCGACUGUAUGGGCGAAAACGGUGCGCUUGUCUGUAUCGCACUCAUCAUUAUUUGUGUCUGGCACUGCGGUCUUUUCAGUUUGACCAGUAACAGCCGCAUGAUGUUUGCUUUUUCCCGCGACGGUGCUCUACCCAAGUUCUUUGACUACAUUGACCCGAAAUUCCAGAGCCCGGUGCGAACGAUCUGGCUGGCAGCAUUUCUAGCCUUCUGCCUAGCCCUGCCGUCGCUAGGAAGCUCUGUGGCAUUCUCAGCAGCUACGAGUAUCGCAACAAUUGGACUGUAUAUCAGUUAUGCGCUUCCCAUUUUGGUUGCUUUGAUAUGGCCGAGUAAUUUCAAAAAAGGCCCCUUCAACUUGGGUCGUUUCUCAUGGAUUGUUGGUGGCAUAGCUUGUUCAUGGGUUCUAUUCAUCACUAUUGUUUUCUGUCUACCCGAGGAGAAUCCGGUAACAUCUCAGACGCUGAACUAUACUCCCGUGGCAGUUGGUAUUGUGCUAGUAGGCACAUUAGGGACGUGGUUUCUCUGGGCUCAUCGUUGGUUUACUGGACCAAGGCGUCAGACAGACCUUGAGACCGUGGAGGGGUUCGAGAAUAAGACUUCAGUCGCUGAGAAUACGAAAGAAGCCUAA